AUGGUCGGGCGGCCGCCGUCGGGGGCAGGCGCGGCCCCUGGGGCCGGGAAUCUCACCGGCGUCGGCAAGGGGAUCGCCGCGGUGCCGCGGCGGGGUCGGCCCCCGCACCGACGGCAGCUCCUCGGGGCGGCGGCGGCACCGGCACCGGCACCGGCACCGGCGGCGGGAUCGGCACCGGCGGCGGGAUCGGCACCGGCGUCCGCCGCGGGACCGCCGGCAUCGGCCGCGGGAUCGGCCGCGGGGGUCAUCGGGGUCGCCCCCGGCCUCACCGGGACCGCGCCGGGAUCGGCCGCAGGAUCGCCACCGGGAUCUCCCCCGGAUCACCGGGAUCUGCCACGGGAUCACUGGGACUACACCGGGAUCAGCUGCGGGAUCACCAGGAUCUCCUUGCCAUCACAGGACCACACCGGGAUCAGCUGCGGGAUCACCAGGAUCUCCUUGCCAUCACCAGGACCAAGCCAGGAUCAGCCACAGGAUCACCACCAGGACCUCCCCAGGAUCACCAGGAUCAGCCACAGGAUCACCAGGAUCUCCCCGGCAUCACCAGGACCACACUGGGAUCAGCCAUGGGAUCACCAAGAUCCCCUUGGCAUCACUGGGACCACACCAAGAUCAGCUACAGGAUCACCGGGAUCUCCUUGCCAUCACCGGGACCACACCGGGAUCUCCCCAGGAUCACCGGGAUCUCCCCGGGAUCACCAGGAUCAGCCACGGGAUCACUGGGAUCAGCCACGGGAUCACCGGGACCACACCAGGAUCAGCUGCGGGAUCACCAGGAUGUCCUUGCCAUCACCAGGACCAUGCCGGGAUCAGCCGCAGGAUCGCCACUGGGAUCUCCCCGGGAUCACCGGGAUCAGCCACGGCAUCACCGGGAUCUGCCACGGGAUCACCGGGACCACACCGGGAUCAGCUGCAGGAUUACCAAGAUCUCCUUGCCAUCACUGGGACCAUGCCAGGAUCAGCCAUGGGAUCACCAAGAUCUCCUUGCCAUCACCGGGACCACACUGGGAUCAGCCACAGGACAACUGGAAUCUCCCCAGCAUCAGUGGGACCACACCAGGAUCUCCCUAGGAUCACUGGGACCACAACAGGAUCUCACUGGGAUCACCAGCACCCCAGAUCACCCACAACACACCAGGCUCAACCCUAUGACACCAGCACCCCAGGAAUCUGGGAUCACCAGUACCCCUGGGAUCUCCCAUACCCUGGGGCACCAGCACCCCAGGAUCACUUGCAGCCCUGGACAUUAGCACCCCCGGGGUCACUGGCACUCCUGGGAUCACCCCUGGGAUCACUGGCACUGCCAGAUCACCCCCAGGAUCACCAACACUCCUGGGACCACCCCCAGGAUCGCCAGCACCCCCGGGAUCACACACACCCCUGGAUGCUGGCACCCCAGGACACCAACACCUCUGGGAUUCCCAGCACCCCGGGAUCACUCCCAGGUCACUGGCACCCU